UUGACUAAUGUCAAAAUGACAAAAAACACAAUAAAAGUCUUUGCUCGGUUGAAGCAAGAAAAUCUAAACGAAUUGCCCGCAUACGAAAUACGUCGGACGUCUACAAAAGAAGUGAUCACUUUCCACAAACUCAACGUUAAUGGCGUCUUCAAUACCAAGCCAAGUUCAUACUCUUUUAGAUUUGAAAAAAUAUUCGAUGGCAGAACUUCACAGGAAGGUCUUUUCAACACUCUCGCAAAACCAAUCAUUCAAAGCUCACUCGAAGGAUACAAUGGAACAAUCCUUGCCUACGGACAGACCGGAAGUGGGAAGACCUAUACAAUGACAGGCUCUUCAGAGUACUUUGAAGAAAGAGGCAUUAUCCCUCGUAGCAUUGAAGAAAUUUUUAAACAUACAAAACAGAACAUAAGCGUUUACACCAUUUAUAUAUCGUAUUUAGAGAUUUACAAUGAAAUUGGAUAUGACUUAUUGGAUUCAAGACGGCAGAUUUCUUCAGUGGAAGAUAUUGACGAAUUAGCGGAAAAAGGUUCACUUUCGACCCACAACUUAACACACCAAAAGGUAUCGAGCGAAGAAGAAGCCAUGAUGUUACUCUUAGUUGGAGAUUCGAACAGAAUAACCGUAGAGACUGGAAGAAAUUUGUUUUCUUCUCGAUCACAUUGCAUAUUCACCAUUACUAUCUCCUCUAGAAACGCCAUUAACGGUAAAAUACGAAGAUCCAAGCUGAAUCUAAUCGACUUGGCUGGUUCGGAGAGGGUUAGCAAAUCGAACUUGUCUGGAGCAACUUUAAGGGAAGCAAAACACAUAAACCUGUCUCUGCAUUAUUUACAGCACGUAAUUUUUGCGCUUAAUAAGAGAAGAAGAUAUGUGCCGUUUAGAAACAGUACGCUAACCUACCUUCUCAAAGACUCCCUGUCUGGACAAUCAGUUACAGUUCUACUUGCAAAUUUGGAUGUGAAAACAGCUAAUUUUGAGGAGAGCAUAGCGACGUGUAAAUUCUCGCAGAAAGUUGGCAACGUCAUCAUUGAAACUAAACUUAAUAAAGAAAUCGAGCCACAAGAAGAUAUUACUCGGAUGAAGCAAUUAAUAGCUCAAUUGCAAGUGGAGCUUUCGAGCACUUCUAGAUUUAGGCAAAAUGGGGCGCUUAGCAAGGAAGAAAGAGAGAAAUAUAAAAUUCUCAUUAACAACUAUCUGUUGAAUCCUAAGGAAGAGCUCACUUUGGACUGCAUGGACAUGCGCGCCAUCCGAUACUGUUUCAAGCUCCUCAAACAAGUGGCGAAAGAGUACGAAGCAGAUAAACUGAACUUAGAAACCAAGGAUAAAGAGAAUCGAGAUGCUCUCAGGCAAUACUCGCAGAUUGUCGAGGAGCAGGAGAAAGAAAUUACACGUCUCAAAUCCACAGGAUCCACUUCCUUGGCAACGCAUACCACAACGUGGCCUUCCCGGUUCGAAGAAAAUAGUACAUCCGAGAAGAGCACCAACGAACUGGAGUUUUACAACGAAUCCAUUGAGAAAGUGUACAGGGAAGCUGCAAGUUUGGUCGCAGUAAUCGAACAAUGUCAGAGAAAUAUUUUGAACGCCAAAAGCAACUGCGAAAAACUCUCGGAGGAACGUGUCUUAUACAGAAGAUCACUCUCCAAAUUGCAACAGUUAAAAAAUAAGUCUGACACUCUCAAAAUUGGCUUAAAAAGGGAGACGGAAAAGGUUAUCAAUGGUUUUGACAGGUGGCACGAGCAUAUUGAGUGGAACCAUUUUCUGGUGGAAACUCAAACAUCAAUCCUUAGCAGUGGGAGGUCAUCCAGUCAAAAUACUUCUGUAGAGGGGUCGAACAAGGAAAACUGUACGUCUAUGGAUGCCACUAACUUCCCGAAACACAAGUGCAGAGAGGUUUUCAAAGUCAAAGACAUUAACGUGCUGCCUAUGGGCCCAGCGGCAGCAGAAAUGAGUUACUCAACACGUUGUUCAACCCCAAGAUACGUUUACAACCCAAAUUUCAGCGUUACAGACGACGAACUUGCAAACACCUCAGAGAAUGUGCACUGGAAUACUCCCGAAAAGGAGAAUAGUGUAUCAAAAACUGUGCUAAACAGCAACGAUCCCCCCGAGUUCGCCGAGUUUAUUCGUACGAUUGCCCUUACCGGCGAUAUUGCUGUAGACGAGGAAAUAGUACGGUUUUAUCGAACCAAAUUUUUUUUCACAACUAACUCCUAAGCAACAUAUUAGUUAUAACAAUUAACAAUAAUAAA